AUGCAUUUCACCACCGCCCUAACCUCUCUCCUCGCGCUCAGCUCAACCUCACAAGCACUCGCCGUCUGGAGGACAUAUGCAACCGACAACUGCACCGGCGAUCCAUUCGGCGAGCCAGUGACCAUCGACCUGUGGGAUUCUCGAGCGAGUUUUUGUCACAACCAAGAGAUGCCCUUUAAAAGCUUCGCAUUUGCUCAAACUAAUGAUGAGAAUUACGAUAUACCCGAGAGAAUCAAUUCAGAAAGUGAAAUCUGCGAUUUGAUAAUGUAUAGCGAUAUUAAUUGCUACGGGGAAAAGAAGAUUCAUACUUAUUUGGAUAUCUUCGCCACUCGCUUCACGAAAUGUCAAGCCGUAAUCAAGAAUAAAGCGAAUCCAGCUUACGGCCACGCGAAAAGUACUAAACUGGAAUGUCGUCCUCGUCGCAAGAAACACAGUGUGUCUUCUCACACUACUAAAUCUACACCCAAGACAACGAAACCCAAGACAACGAAACCCGCAAAGCCCAGUAGUCUGUCUCACACUAGAUCUAACCCCAAGACAACAACAACAACGAAACCCGCGACGACGGUAAGAUGGACCGAGACGUAUUCCAAAGUCUUGGAUUUGCCGACUGCGACUGCUUCGAUUUCGACAAAGACGGAGACGAUCACUGUGUUGACUGGAAAAGCGUCUACAGCCGGGUAUACGGCGGCUACUACGACGACUCAUAUGGCAACCGUGGUUGGAACGACAAAGGCUGGCAAGUCUACCAUUUCGUCUACGUCGACCAUCUCGCCGUCUACAACUACAACGAUAGCUACACAUGCGUAUACAGCGGCUACUACGACGACUCACAUGGCGACCGUGGUUGGAACGACAAAGACUCUUGAAUCUGUAAUCUCGUCUACAUCGACCAUCUCAUCAUCUACAUUUACAGAUACGCAUGUGGUAGCUGUUACUACGACCGAUGUAGCCACGAUGCUCGGAACGACAAAGACUCUUGAGUCUACAAUUUGGUCGUCUAAGCCGACCGCCUCCAUGACAUCCAACUCAACCACGGCUGUCUAUGAACCGACCGCCACGAAAUCCAACUCGACCACGGCUGCCUAUACAUCUGCUACUACUACUACGCCGCAGGUGGAGACCAGUAUUGGAAUGAUCAAGACCACGCUGGCUACGAUUUUGACUUCGAAGAAGGAUACGUCCGAGGGCCGGUGA